AUGUUCAAGUCGGCAAGAUGGAGGAGCGAGAAGAACAAGAUCAAAGCUGUAUUCAUAUUGCGGUUUCAAGCAACUCAGGUGCCACAGCUAAGAAGAAAAACCCUGAAUAUAUCAUUAGUUCCAGCAGAUAUCGGAAAGCCAACGGUUAGACUAGAGAAAGCUCCAAUUCUAGAAGGAACCUGUACCUGGGAACAUCCGAUCUAUGAAACAGUAAAAUUAAUCAGAGACACAAAAACUGGAAGAUUCAAACAGAAAAUUUACCAUUUUAUCGUGUCAACUGGAUCUUCAAAAUCAGGAUUUCUGGGGGAAGUUUCUCUUGAUUUUGCAGAUUAUGCAGAGGAAAUAAAGCCAUUAAUCGUCUCUCUGCCCCUUGAGGCCUCGAACUCCAGUGCAAUACUACAUAUUUCCCCUUAUGGGGAGUUUUGCAGAGAUGUCGAAGAAGAUGAAGCUCCAAGGGCUGAAUCACAGGAUAUAAGCUUGGGGAACCUACUAGGCAAUUGCAUUGAGUAUGGAGACAGCAACCUUGAUUUUACUGAAGAUAGGCACUUCAACAAUAUGACAUCUCAGGGUACGGAGCAAAGUAGCAGCUUCAACAAUACUCGAUUGGAUAAUACUCCUAAUCCUCUAGAUUUUACAACUCUCAGAUGGAAGCCCAUGCCUGAGAAGGGAACAGUUGAUGUCAUUCCAGCAGAAAAACAGAAGCAACAGAGAUCUAAGUCCAACACGAAUCCGCCAUUGAUUUCUGCUUCAAAUGGAAGUAUGGUUGACUCAACAACCAGCCUUGAAGAAAACUUUAUAAGAGACUGGUCGUCAGAGGCUUCAAAUAAUGCCACUGAGAAGCUGAAAAAUGAAAUUUCUAUGCUGGAAAGACAGGCAGAAGUUUCAGAACUGGAAUUGCAGUCCCUUCGAAAGCAGAUGGUGAAGGAGAACAAAAGGGGACUCGAUCUAUCAAGACAAGUUGCUAGCCUAAAAGUCGAAAGAGAUGUACUUAAAAGAGAAUUUGAAGAACUUAAGUCCUCACUGAAACGGAGUGAUGAGGCAGAAGUCAAAAAGCAGUCACAAUCAAAGGCCGAAAAUAUAAGAGUUUUACUGGAACAAACUGUGCAAGAACUCAACCAUGAGAAGGACUUGAAUAACACACUACGGCUACAACUCCACAAGACAGAAGAUUCAAACUCCGAAUUGAUUUUUGCUGUGAGAGACCUUGAAGGCAUGUUGGAGGAAAAGGGUAGGGAAAUGUCUCAUCUUACGAGCAAAACUAAGGCCAGACAAAAUGCCAAAGAGGCUCAUGCUGAAGCCUCCAAGAGCAGAAUAAAUUGGGAUGAAGAUGAGAAAGCAAUGGGAGAACUAAUUAAGGAGAAUGACAAUGACGAAGAAGCAGAUUCGUUAAAGAAGAAGAUUACAGCCCUGAAUGGUGAAAUUUUUGUCCACCGGAAAGAUAACGAAGAGCUAAAAACGCAUAUGGAACUACUUGCUCUGGAAUAUGAUAUUUUAAAGAAGGAAAACCAAGAUAUCUCUUCCAAGUUAAAGCAGAAGCAGAUAGAACAGAUGAAGAUGCAAACUGAAUAUUCAGAAUCUAUAGCUACCAUAAAAGAGCUUCAAAUCCAGAUAGACAGAUUAGAGAAAAAAAUCAACAAGCAAGCACUAGAAUUCUCAGAAUCUCUAGAUACCAUUAAUGAGCUGGAAACCCAGGUUAAGAGCUCGCAGAAACAACUGGAGAAUCAGACACAAAGUUUUCAAGAUGAUUUGCAUGCUUUGACGCAAGCCAAAGUUGAACAGGAGCAGAGGGCAAUCCAAGCAGAAGAGGCUUUAAGAAAGACACGGUGGCAUAAUGCAAAUGCUGCUGAGCGGCUUCAGGAGGAAUUGAGAAGGCUUUCUGUGGAAAUGGCAUCCAAGAUUGACGCAAAUGAGAAUCUAGCCAUGAAAGCUAAAGAUUUGAGUUUGCAGAAUGGAGUUAUGGAGGAAAUGGUCCAGAAAGCAAAUGAAGAGCUCAGGUUAAUGAAAGAUCAGUGCAAAGAGAAACUGCAAGAACUUUUAAACCAAACAAAUCUGCAAGCCACACAACUGGAGCAGAUGUCACUGGAACUUGAAGACAGCCGCAAGCAAGUUGAAACUUAUAAAAGACGUGAACAAGAAAAGCAUGACGCUUUCUCAACUGAGAUGAAAACACUCAAAGAGGAGAUAAAAAGGCUCAAAUUGGAGAAAAGGGGCUACCCAGAAGACGCAGAGCAGAAAGAAACAAUGAGAGCUGAGAUGGAAGAAAUGAAAACAUCAAUUGGUCAGUUCAAGGUUCCAAAAAUAUGGACUAAAAAAAGAGAAGCACUGGAGCGGGAAUUUGCCUUACUGAGCAAGGAAGCACAGAAAUUUCAGGAGGAAUCAAUAAUUUUAAGGACUUUGAAGGAUGAGAAGGAGACCCUAGUUGGAUUUUUGCAGUCAGAAAUGAAAAGGCUUGUAAGUGAAGCAGAAUCAUUGAAGGAAAGGAACAUGCACAUGGAAAAUGAGCUGAAAGAAAUGCAAGAGAAAUAUUCAGAGAUAAGUCUAAAAUUUGCAGAGGUAGAAGGUGAAAGACAACAACUUGUCAUGACCCUGCGUAAUCUGAAAAAUGGUAAGAAAUAGCAUUUCUGUUAUAGAUGCCACGCUGAAAGCCUGAUACUACAAAUUACACAUAGGUGAAGCAGGUACAUGUGCCUAUCAGAGACUCCAACAAUUGACACAA